AUGUAUUUGCAGGGAUUCAGAGAUUUAUCAGGUGAAGGAUCCGUGAUCGGAGUAAAGAGGAUGGGAGAAGUUGAUGAAAAACCUUUUCUGAAAGUAUGCGAACAGAGAUUCAAUGGCGAAAAUGUCGGGCUGCAACAUGCCAUGCUUUGUUCAGAAUGGCAGAAAAACAUCAAUGACUCAGCGUGGUACCCAUUUAAACUAGUAGUAACUGGAGAAAAAAUGAAGGAAGUUGUGGAUGAUGAAGAUGAGAAACUUAAGAAAAUGAGUGAAGAGUGGGGAGAAGAUGUGAAGAACGCAGUGACGACAGCACUCGAGGAGCUUAACGAUUUCAACCCAAGUGGUCGGUAUUCUGUUCCAGCACUGUGGAAUUUUGAACACGGGAGAAAAGCCACACUCAGUGAAGGUAUUGCUCACAUGACGCAGCAAAUCAAAAAUCUCAAACGCCAACGGACCUAAAAUGUAUGUGCCACAACUUUGCAAAUGAACCUCUCUAGGUUUGACGGUAUACACAUAUACAUAUAGUGAUGCGUCAGUUUCGUUUUAUGUUGAUGAUACUAAGAUUAGUGUAACUUGUUACAGGAAGCAGGAUGAUCAGUGAAGGAUGUUAAAUAGGUUCUUAACGGGUUUUGGAUUGAUAAGCAAGGAGAUACUUGUUUUGUAAGGGCUUGUUACUUUCUAGUCAGUGCUUCUCUAAUUUUAUUUUAAGCAAUCUAAACCCGUUCGAAUGUACUGUUUUGAAACUCUACUACAUUCCUAUUAGUAUUAACUAUUUUCUUCUCGUUGGUUUUGGUAACACGUUUUUCUUUUGUGUCUUAUAAACUAAAACCAUCGUUAGGGUAAUUAACUUACGUGGCCUUUCUCAAAUUCUCAUGUUUUUUUCUUGUAAACAAUUGCUAUGGACGUCUAGAGAGCUGAGUAAUCACAGUUAGGCACCCAUUUAUUUGUACAAAACAACAGUGGAAAAUUGAUAGACUCAUCUCAUAUGCCUCAGUUCAUCACUCAACAACUGCGCAACACACAAGGAACAAAGUUUACCAACCUGAUGAGAAUGCAGAGAAGAGUUUAGUUUCAAUCACUAACUGUUAGCACGCUUUGGUUUAAUUGUGUGGCUCAAAGAACAAUAUUGAGACGAACUUCAAGUUCUUUAUAUACUCCCUCCUUUUUUUUAUAAAUGACUUUGUAUCAUUUCACACAAAUUUAGGUAACUAAUACUCCCUCCGUUUUUUAAUAUAAGUCGUUUUAAAGCUAUGCACGUAAAUUAAGAAAAUCAUUAAUUUCUUAUAUUUUCGAAACAAAAACAUCAUUAAUUAUUUACCUAACUACAAUUCAACCAAUA